AUGGCUACGCUCUCUGCUGCUCGUCAGCCCUUUGGUGUGCUUAACGACUCCAAGCUACGGCACCUGCAGAGCGUAAAGAACACCCAGAACUCCAUUCCAUCACCGUCUCUCAAACGCCGUGCCCCAUCGCCAGACAACUCAGACUCCGAGAAUGUUGACCCUCGAUCAUUCGACCUCAAACGGAAGAGAACUUCACUCGACAACGAUGUCACAUUUCCGAAGCCAGCCCGUUACAGCCUCUCCAAUACGCCACUACGGGGCCCAAGAGUAUUGCCUGCCACACCCAGACUUGACACCGUAGCGAAAAACACCACGCCUGUCUCUGCACCAGCUGCAGCUGGCCGCUCACCCACUCGCAAGCGUACUGGCUUCAAGCCCGGACGCUUCAAUGCUCCCAUCUCCACAAAAGCACCACUCCUCUCAAUCACAGCUGCUCUCCAGGGCACUCUAGCCAACAAGAAAGCCAAAGUCCAAGUCAUCAUGUUCUUCGACAUCUACGAAGAACCAGAGCACGCCCAGAAUGAUCGAAUCAACGACUGGACAAUCUCCCAAUCCGCUGACAACCUGCUCGACAUCUCCGAUGAUGAAGGCAAGAACAACCAAUCCAAUGACCGAGGCAAGGAGAACAUCGACCCCAACGGACCGUCUGUUCCCAUGACUCGUUCCAUGGCUGCCGCCAGAGCUGCCUCAGAGGAGCUGAAGAAGGAUAUCAUGGCCGAUGAUCGUGCCCCUCUGGGCGAACUUGAGACUGUUAAGUACUAUUCUGAGGGUCUCGACGCCACGUCUGUUGUCCUCGUCCAGGACGACGAUGCUUCUGAGGAGAAAUCGUCUGUCGAGGUCGAGGGUGUCGCCUCCAAGGCCGAGUUCACCUUCGAUGCCGGCAAAGCACUGCCGACUGAUUUUGAUACGACUGAUAUCGCUGCCGUCAUCAAGUCGUCGGCACCACUGUUCGAUACCACUGUCACGGCGGUCGCUAAAGCAGACACCUCUAACGAUAUUCCCCGUCUCGAGCCCGGCGAAGAUCUCGAGAUCUGGGAAAGCGAGAGCGCGAAGGAUGAGAACGAGCGAGCAGAAGCCAGCGAGAGCGUGUUCGCUCUUCAGGAGCUGUAG